AUGGGAGGAAGCAGAACGUGGGGGCAGCGGGAGGAAGAAGAACAGAUUUUGGAUUUGUCGUCCGAGCUUCAAUUAGGACGUAAAAUACCAUUUUGGAAAGGGAACGAUGCCACGAGUCAAACUCACUACUUUGUUGUGAUGUAUGAUGGAUUUUGGCAUCCUGAGGAACCACCACCACCGGCUAAUAAUCCUCGUAAUCGUAAUCGUAAUUACGAAAAUUUUGGCGAUUAUCGAAUUAAAGCCGAAAUCCCUAACUUUUGGGGAAAUCUGAAGAUUGAAGACUCCUUGGAUUGGCUUGUAGAAGUAGAGAGGUUUUUCGAUAUUAUGGAGGUUCCUGAGCAUAAAAUGGUGAAGAUGGUAGCUUUCCGUCUAAAAGCUACAGCAGCUGUAUGGUGGGAUCAAUUGCAAAAUUCUCAGCAGAGGCAAGGAAAGCAGCGGGUUCGUACAUGGCAGAAGAUGAAGCCGCUUAUGAUGGAACGAUUCUUGCCCACAGAUUAUGAGCAGAUUCUAUACCGUAUGUAUCUAGGUUGUGCGCAAGGCAAUCAUUCUAUUUCUGAAUAUACCGAAGAAUUCAUGCGUUUGGCAGAGCGAAACCAUUUGACCGAGACUGACAAUCAAAAGGUUGCGAGGUAUAACAAUGGGCUGAAGAUUUCCAUACAAGAAAAAAUUGGUAUGCAGAAUAUUUGGACUUUGCAGGAGGCAAUUAACAUGGCGUUGAAAGCUGAACUGUUGGAGAAGGAGAAGCGCCAAACCAACUUCCGCAGGAACACGACGGAAGCCUCUGAAUAUGCUACUAGUGCUUCUAGUGGCUCAGGAGAUAAGGGGAAAGUGCAGCAGCAGAAUCCUAGAGGAUCGCCAAAACCAACAACAGUUGUCCAAAACAAAAACUUCAACGAAGGCAGCAACCGGACUUUCAACAGAGGGCAGUCCCUACACCAGUCCCAGAAUCCGUAUGCUAAGCCCAUGACGGACAUAUGUUACCGUUGCCAAAAACCAGGGCAUCGUUCUAAUGUUUGUCCAGAGCGAAGGCAGGCUAACUUUAUCGAAGAAGUCGAUGAUGAUGAGGAAAGAGAUGAAGUCGGGGAAGAUGAUUAUGCAGGGGCUGAAUUUGCAAUUGAGGAAGGAAUGGAGAGGAUUACCUUGGUUUUGCAGAGAGUUCUUUUGGCACCAAAGGAGGAAGGGCAGCGUCAUAGUAUUUUUCGUUCCCUCUGCUCAAUCAAAAACAAGGUAUGUGAUGUAAUUGUCGACAAUGGAAGUUGCGAGAAUUUCGUGUCAAAGAAAUUGGUGGAGUAUUUGCAGUUAUCAACGGAGCCACAUGUCAGCCCUUACUCACUAGGUUGGGUUACAAAAGGCCCUUCGGUUCGUGUUGUUGUGACUUGCCAUGUGCCACUGUCCAUUGGUAAGCAUUACAGAGAUGAUGUAUUAUGUGAUGUUAUUGACAUGGAUGCAUGCCAUAUUUUAUUAGGGCGACCUUGGCAAUUUGAUGUGGAUGCGACUUUCAAGGGACGAGAUAAUGUAAUUCUGUUUUCUUGGAACAACCGCAAAAUUGCAAUGGCAACUACAAAGCCCUCAAAACAAUCUGUUGAGCCCAAGACAAGGAGUUCUAGUUUCCUAACCCUAAUUAGCAGCGAGCAGGAGUUGAACGAGGCUGUCAAAGAAGCGGAGUAUUUUUGUCCCUUAGUGUUGAAGGGGUUGUUGCAGCUUGGCAGAGGAGAAAGUGACAUUCCACAAGACGUGCAGCAGAUUUUGUCACAAUUUCAGGAACUACUUUAUGAGAAGCUGCCAAACGAGCUACCACCUAUGCGGGACAUACAACACCGAAUUGACUUGGUGCUUGGAGCUAGCCUUCCGAAUCUGCCUCAUUAUCGGAUGAGCCCCAAGGAGAAUGAUAUCCUAAGAGAGCAGAUUGAAGAAUUACUGCAGAAGGGAUUUAUCAGGGAGAGCUUGAGUCCUUGCGCAGUUCCAGUUUUGUUGGUUCCAAAGAAAGACAAAACUUGGCGAAUGUGUGUUGAUAGCCGAGCAAUCAACAAGAUAACAGUCAAGUACAGGUUUCCCAUUCCACGGUUGGAGGAUAUGCUGGAUGUUCUUGGCGGCUCAAGGGUGUUUUCCAAGAUAGAUUUGCGAAGCGGUUACCACCAGAUUCGCAUCAGACCUGGCGACGAAUGGAAAACAGCGUUCAAGAGCAAGGACGGAUUAUUUGAAUGGUUGGUGAUGCCAUUCGGAUUGUCAAAUGCGCCUAGCACUUUCAUGAGACUCAUGAAUCAGGUAGAUGACGAGAAGAUCAAGGCAAUCCUUGACUGGCCAGCUCCAAAGACAGUCUCUGAAGUUCGAAGCUUCCAUGGUUUGGCCACCUUUUACAGAAGAUUUGUGAAGCAUUUUAGCUCCAUUGCUGCACCUAUCAUAGAGUGUUUGAAGAAGGGCCGGUUCAGCUGGGGAGAGGAGCAAGAGAGAAGCUUUGCAGAUAUAAAAGAAAAGCUUUGCACCGCGCCGGUUCUAGCUCUUCCAAACUUUGAGAAAGUAUUCGAAGUUGAAUGUGAUGCCAGUGGCGUGGGAGUCGGAGCUGUGCUUUCACAAGACAAGCGGCCAGUUGCGUUCUUUUCUGAAAAGCUGAGCGAUGCACGUCAAAAGUGGAGUACUUAUGACCAAGAGUUCUAUGCGGUUGUUCGAGCUUUGAAGCAAUGGGAGUACUAUCUUAUCCAGAAGGAAUUUGUUUUGUUUACAGAUCAUCAAGUGUUGAAGUAUAUUAACAGCCAGAAAAAUAUUGAUAAAAUGCAUGCUAGAUGGGUGACUUUUUUGCAGAAAUUCUCAUUCGUUAUCAAGCAUACUUCCGGCAAGACAAAUCGUGUGGCGGAUGCGCUGAGUAGAAGAGCUUCAUUGUUAGUCACGCUGACUCAAGAAGUUGUGGGGUUUGAAUGUCUGAAUGACUUAUAUGAGGGUGACGAUGAUUUCCAGGAAAUUUGGACUAAGUGCACCAAUCAUGAGCCAAUGACAGAAUACUUUCUUAAUGAAGGUUAUUUGUUCAAAGGAAACCAGUUGUGUAUUCCAGUUUCCUCUUUAAGGGAGAAGCUUAUUCGGGACUUGCAUGGUGGAGGAUUGAGUGGCCACCUAGGCCGUGAUAAAACAAUUGCAGGAAUGGAGGAGAGAUUUUACUGGCCAUAG